AUGUCUACUCUAAUUCCAUGGCUUUGGGGACAUCCCCUGAAAAUUCUAUCGGCUCUUGAAUCUGCCAAUAUUGCACCCCUUAUCAGAACUUACAUUUCUUGUCUUUCAGAAAAGGAGAGAUCUUUUUUAAUUGAACAUGGCAUAAAUUUGCCAAAUUAUCCUAAACCUUUCUUUCAUUAUGCUUCAUUUCUCAAAGACCUUGAUUAUCGUAGAUUAGAAAUUUCGGUACGUCAUUGGAUCAAAUAUGAAGGAACUGCUUGUAGCAAUUAUCCGACAAGACGUAGAGCUUUUCCUGGAAUUUCUUUGAAUAAUGCUUCUAUUAUAGUAAUGACUGCUCUCUGUAAAUUGUUCUUAGAAGGCGAUCCGACUUUACAUCAACUCAAAUUAGCUUAUACUGAACGUAUUUUGGAUUUACCUGAUGUUUCUAUAUUUAUUCAAGGUCAUAAAGGAUUAUCUUGUUUACAAAAAAUCAAAUUUAUUGUUGGUUCAUUUAAUCGAACAAAACUUAAAAAUAUGAUUUCUUUCUUGGAAGCUCUACCUGAAAUUGCACCAAAUGUCUCUCAUUUAGACAUAGAUGUCAUCACCACUGAUAAGACUAUGGCUGAUACUUUGGUCUCUAUCAUUGAAGGUCUUACUUAUCUUUCUGAAUUUAGAUUGUGUGACAAAAGUAGCGGAGUUACUCAGGUUAUAGAACCGACUAUUUCUGCAUUAAGUAGUCGGGCAAACUCCUUAACAUCUUUGGAACUUCAUAAUAUUCACUUUCAGGAUCUGUCUUUACAAGGUUUAGCUGAAUGCAAAAAACUUGAAGUACUUCUUAUAAUUCAAUGUUGUUGUUUAACGUUGGGUACAUGGAAACCAUUAGAAAAUGCAAAAUUUCCACUAAAGACUUUAUAUUUGGAUAGUGAUUUUGGUGAAAAAGUCACUAUUGCAAUUCUAAAAUCUGCAAGCAAUCGAUCCAUCAAACAAUUACAUCUUAGUUGCGCAACUAGUAAAGUAAUAGAAAUCUUACCAAGUGCAUGUCCAUCUCUCGCUCAUCUUGAUGUUUGUGUAAGCAAUGUUAGUAUUGAACAAUUGGUAGCUAUGGUAUCUGGUAUUCAACAAUUACAAUAUCUCGCAAUUAUGGAGUACGGUGGACAUAAUCCAAAACUUGUUGAAGUCACACCAGAUUUGGGAAAGAUUUUUACUCCUUUAUUACAUUACUUGGAAUUAAAUUUCAUAAUGACUUUCGAACAAUUAGAUGCAUUAUUAACUCAUUGUAAAGCUCCUUUAGAAACAUUGAUAUUAAACCAAUAUUUUGAAAAUCAUCAGAUGGCAGAUGAAUAUUUUGCUGCUAUCGCAAAAUUUGCAAAAGAACGAGGGACACUUAGACGACUUUGCGUUAAUAAUGAUGGGAUCAAGACAAUCAAUUGUAAUCAAAAAUCGGUUGUAGUGCAAGAUUUAUUGAGAUAUGUAAAAAUAUUAUCUUAUAGUGAUGCAAGUGUUAAGAUUUGCGAACAAACUUAG